AUGUUCCUUGACAAAAUAAAACCAACUACAGAAAUAAACGACGCAAGACUGAAAGAUUGGGUAAAAGCUUUCCCAUUCACAAAAGAUAUUGUUGGUAACAUGGAAAGAAAACCAGAAUGGCUACAAAAACAUAUAUUUGGAAACGAGCUUAUUCCAUAUGGACAAGCUCUGUUUGAAGAGCUUGAACCGAAAACUCAGGAAAGAGUCAUGCAAACAAUACGCCAAGACUCAAAUACAAACUAUGACAAAAUCUUUCUAGGAUAUUGGUUACCUGAGAUGGGCGACCAGAGCCCAAAGGCAAAAAGGACAUGGGAAAUUUACAACAUACUAGGUGAACAUGAGGCAAAGAUGCAACAACUUGAAGCAGAGGGCAAGUUACCAAAAGCGACACCAAAGAAGAAGAGAAGAGUAGAACAAAGUGAAAGUAGUGAAGAAGUAACUUGCAUCUAG